AUGUACGAAUGUGGCACCUGUGACUUCGAGUUCCGCUACCGAGAGGACUGCGAUGCUCACAUGGACGAAUACGACCAUUGGGUCGAAUGUGAGGCAUGCACUCGACAAUUUCGCACCGAGCGUAGCUGCGAGCAGCACAUGGACGCCCUUGACCACUGGGCACCGGUCUUUGAGUGCGAGACUUGCACUCGCACCUUCUCUUCCCAAGAUGCCGUCAAUCAGCACAUGAAUGCGAAGAAUCAUUGGCAGCCGACUGUCCCCUGCGAGACGUGCUCUCAGGUGUUCCACACCGAGGAAGCUGCUGACCAGCAUAUGGCGGCCGAGGGACACUACGAGAACUACUGCGUGGAGUGUGAUCGACGCUUCAUGAAUGAGAACUGUCUUCGCCAGCACUUGAACUCGCGCAUUCACCGCGGUGCUGAUGUCGUAUGCCCAUUUUGUGAUGCUCACUUCGUCACCGCAAGUGGUGUCACCCAUCACAUUGAAUAUGCUGGCUGCCCGAACGCUCGCAAGUGGAACCGGGAGACAAUUCACCGCAUGAUCCAGCGUCUGGACCCCAACGGACUCGUCACAAACAAGCAGAUCGAAUGGCGCAAUGAACAGAACGUCCAGUACUACACUACAGAUUGCGCCUUUAACGGUACGAACUGGGAAUGCUACAUUUGUCGGAAGGGAUUCGGUUCAAUGGCCGGUUUGAAUGCGCACCUUAACUCACCAGUCCACAAGGAAAAGAUUUACCAUUGCCUCAACAAGCGUGGUUGUGGCAAGGAGUUCGUCUCCCUCGCUUCUUUGUUCAAUCACUUGGAGAGCGAGUCCUGCGGAUACAUCCGGUUUGGGGAAGUCCAAAACGUCCACCGACGACUGAAUGACGCUAUUAUGAACCGCAAGAUGAUCAAUUCGCUCUAA